AUGGAGAACAGCGGCUGCAUCCCUCUCUGCUGGAGCAAAGCUGCCUGCAUCUAUGCGCAGCACCCCUUAUCAAAAUAUGACAGCCAGCUAGCCCCAGCAGGACCAUCUGAGUCUGGCAUGGCAUCGUCUUCCUACCUGGAACCAAGCCUCAAUCACUCCACAGCAGGUGGUUGUGGGGUUAAGUCCCGGCCUGGAAUUCCGGGCGGUCCCAGCACCAGUGGCCCUGCUGGAGGACUGGAGCGGCCACCGGGCUCCAUGGACCGGGUUCUUAAGAUCUUCCAUUAUUUUGAGACAAACAGCGAACCCUGCAUGUGGGCCAGUAAUAUCAGACACGGAGAUGCCACAGAUGUCAGGGGUGUUAUCCAGAAAAUAGCAGAGAUUAACAAAUUGCGCUGCGUGUCUUCUUUGGGCCUCCGGCUAACCCAUUUGCACUCUGAUGCUCUCCACUGGUUACACCCUGACUUGGGUGUGUCUCAUGUAAGAGAGAAAUAUGAGAAACAGCAUCCACAGGAUGAAUGGAGGUAUGAAUUACGGAUACGGUACCUUCCAAAAGGUUACCUCAGCCAUUUUUCUGAGGACAAACCCUCUCUUAACUACCUCUAUCACCAGGUGAAAAGUGACUAUAUGCAACAUAUAGCAGACCAGGUGGAUCAAGAUGUUGCACUGAAGCUGGGCUGUUUGGAAAUAAGAAGGUUCUUCAGAGAGAUGCCAGGCAAUGCACUGGAUAAGAAGUCCAACUAUGAACUACUAGAGAAAGACGUGGGUCUGAGAAGGUUCUUCCCCAAAAGCCUGUUGGACUCCCUGAAGGCGAAGACUCUUCGUAAGCAGAUCCAGCAGACAUUUAAGCAAUUUGCUAACCUCAACGAUGAGCAGAGUAUCCAUAAGUUCUUUGAGAUACUAUCACCUAUCUACCGCUUCGACAAGGAGUGCUUCAAAUGUGCUUUAGGGUCUAGUUGGGUAAUAUCAGUUGAGCUUGCAAUUGGACCGGAGGAGGGAAUCAGCUACCUCACAGAUAAAGGCUCAACGCCUACUCACUUAGCUAACUUUAAUCAAGUCCAGUCCAUCCAGUACUCCGCUUUAGAAGAAAAGGACAGAAAAGGGAUGCUGCAGCUAAAUGUGGCUGGAGCUCCAGAGCCCCUCACUGUCACUACGACAUUGCUGACUACGGCAGAAAACAUGGCUGACCUGAUUGACGGCUACUGUAGGCUUGUCUCCUCAGUAACGCACUCCUUCAUUGUCAGAGUUCACAAAGAGGGAGACAGAGCCCUUCCUUCCAUACCAAAAGUUUCAAACCAUGAGAAGCGGAUGGAGAAACGGAUGGAUGGCGUACGAACGCGAGCUGUCUGCGUGUCAGAAACGGACGACUAUGCUGAGAUCAUAGAUGAGGAAGACACCUAUACCAUGCCUUCAAAAUACUAUGGACUAGAUCAAGCAUGGGACUAUGAGAUCCAGCGGGACUGCAUUGAACUGGGACGCUGCAUUGGUGAGGGUCAGUUCGGAGACGUCCACCAAGGAGUCUACAUCAGCUCGGAGAACCCAGCUCUGUCUGUGGCUGUGAAGACAUGCAAGAACUCCACGUCAGACAGUGUCAGAGAAAAAUUCCUCCAGGAAGCAUUGACCAUGCGUCAGUUUGACCAUCCUCAUAUCGUAAAGCUGAUGGGUGUCAUCACUGAGAAUCCGGUGUGGAUCAUCAUGGAGCUCUGCACACUUGGAGAGUUGCGGUCAUUUCUCCAGGUUAGGAAAUACAGUCUAGACUUGGCCACUCUCAUCCUGUACUCUUAUCAGCUCAGCACAGCUCUGGCAUAUCUGGAGAGCAAACGCUUUGUACACAGAGACAUCGCAGCACGGAAUGUGUUGGUGUCCACUGUUGAUUGUGUAAAGCUGGGAGACUUUGGUCUGUCGCGUUAUAUGGAGGAUAGUUCCUAUUAUAAAGCAUCUAAAGGUAAAUUGCCUAUUAAAUGGAUGGCUCCAGAAUCCAUUAACUUCAGACGAUUCACUACAGCCAGCGACGUGUGGAUGUUUGGUGUCUGCAUGUGGGAGAUUCUGAUGUACGGCAUCAAGCCAUUCCAGGGUGUUAAAAACAAUGACGUCAUUGGCAGAAUAGAGAACGGAGAACGACUGGCUAUGCCUCCUCAGUGCCCUCCUACUCUUUACAGCCUGAUGACCAAAUGUUGGUCGUACGAUCCCAGCAAGAGACCCCGCUUUAAUGAGCUCAAAACACAACUCAGCACGAUAUUGGAGGAGGAGAAGGUCCAGCAGAAAGAAAGGUGCAGGAUGGAGAUGAGGAGACAAGUUACUGUGUCCUGGGACUCUGGAGGGUCUGAUGAAGCACCACCUAAACCGAGUAGGCCGGGGUACCCCAGUCCUCGCUCCAGUGAAGGCUUCUACCCGAGCCCUCAGCACCCUGGACACUAUCAGAUGGCAGGUUAUCCAGGACCUCACACCCUCCCCUCAGUGCCCAGCGCUCUUUACCCCCCACAAGCUGCUAUGCUGGACACGCACCAUGCACACACGCACCCCCGCCACCACGUGCACUCACACUCACACGUGCAGCACCUUCCCCAGUCGCAUGGAGCGGACAUGGCCCUCUGGGGCUCCGCAGUGGAGGACAGGGAAGUAGACAUGCAGCAGUGUGUAGAACAGCAGUGCCUGUUAAUGGAGGAACAGCUGAUGAUACAACAGCAGCAGAUGGAGGAGGAUCAGAGGUGGCUGGAGCAGGAGGAAAGGCUGCUGAAACCAGACACGAGGAGUUCUAGAGGAAGUCUGGACAGAGAAGAAAUUGGACUCCAACCACCAACAGGAAAUCAGCACAUAUACCAACCCGUUGGAAAAACAGAACAUGCGGCCCCCCCAAAGAAACCCCCUCGACCGGGAGCCCAGAGCCAAUUGGGCAGUCUGGCUUGUCUAAGUACUGGAGACAGCUACAAUGAUGGAGUAAAGCUUCAGCCUCAGGAGAUCAGCCCGCCUCCCACAGCCAAUCUGGACCGUUCCAAUGACAAAGUGUAUGAAAACGUGACAGGACUGGUCAAAGCUGUGAUUGAGAUGUCCAGCAAGAUCCAGCCUGCUCCCCCGGAGGAAUAUGUACCCAUGGUUAAGGAUGUUGGUCUGGCAUUGAGGACAUUAUUGGCCACAGUGGAUGAGACGCUACCUCAGCUUCCAGCCAGUACACACAGAGAGAUUGAAAUGGCGCAGAAGCUGCUGAACUCUGACUUAGCAGAGCUGAUCGGGAAGAUGAAGUUAGCCCAACAAUAUGUGAUGACCAGUCUCCAGCAGGACUACAAGAAACAGAUGCUCACAGCAGCUCACGCACUUGCCGUUGAUGCCAAGAACCUCCUGGAUGUUAUCGACCAAUCUCGGCUUAAGAUGAUGGCGCACUCCCGCCCACACUAG